AUGCCCGUGGGGAGCAGCAUCGUCCUGGGCGAGUGCGUGGCCUCCCAGGAGGAUGGAGCAUAUGUCUGGAUUGGCCUGAAGGACGAGGAGCGUUACUACUGCAUCAUGAAGAUGCUCUUCUUCUUCUUUGUCCUGCUGGCCCUGUGCCUGCCUGUGCAGGGAUCCUGGGAGAACUGCAAGGGGACCUGCGGACUGCGGCCCUCGGUUUCCUAUGGCUACGGCUCAGUGCGUGUUGUUGGGGGCAGAGAUGCCCAGCCAGGAUCCUGGCCAGGGAUUGUGAGUGUGCAGAAGGUCCGGGAGACGCACGUCUUUCACGCCUGUGGAGGGUCCCUCAUCCACCCACAGUGGGUGCUGACGGCAGCCCACUGCUUCGUCAAUAGCCAGGAUGUCCCAGCGUGGCGCGUGGUGGCCGGUACCACCUCCUUAACUGACAUGGGCCCAGAGACACAAAUCAGCUACGUCAGACAGAUCAUCAUUCACGACGACUACGAUAACACCACUCAGGCGAAUGACAUCGCUCUGAUGGAGCUCUACGAGCCUCUCCAGUGCACGCCCUACGUGCAGCUCGCCUGCGUGCCUGACUUCUCCCUGCAACUGCGGCAGCUGAGAAACUGCUAUGUUGGUGGCUGGGGGGGCACCACGGCCAGAUCUGGAGGACUACCCCCGUCGCUGCAGGAGGCCAAGGUCCCCCUCAUCGACCUUCGAAUCUGUAACAGUAGCGGGUGGUACCAUGGGGACAUCCACCCCCACAACCUGUGUGCGGGCUAUCCGCAAGGAGGCAUCGACACCUGCCAGGGGGACAGCGGGGGUCCUCUGGUCUGCCAGGAUCCCCAUGCUGACCACUUCUGGCUGGUGGGAGUGACCAGCUUUGGGGUAGGCUGUGCCAGAGCCCGUCGGCCGGGGGUCUACACCUCCACACAGCACUUCCGUAACUGGAUCCUGACUCAGAUCACGCGGCACUCCAUUCGAGCAGCCAAUGCAACGGAAGAAGCCUGGAGCCACAUUCCCACCACAUCAAACCCUGUGGAGAUGCCUCAAACAACAGAGACAAGUUAUUUCAGCUCCUGCCUCUAUGCACUCAACAAGAUGCUGGACUUCUUCACUCAGCUGCAGGAGUUCCUGCGGGUCCUGAAAGGCGGAGGCACAUGA